UCAUCACGGUUGUGUUUUUUUUCAGGUUGUCAAUGGACCAGACUCAUUUAUGGAAGGAGAGGCUAUGGUAAACACGCCAUUCAACUUGAGUGAAGGACCACUGUGGCAAGUUCGACUUAUGCCACUCUCAUCUGACUACCCUUGUCUCUGGCCGGAAGUGAAAGAAAAGUUCCCAUAUCAAAACAAAGUGUUGUUUAAUUUCCAUCAUGGAAUAGUUGAUGGUCCCGAUUUACUUUCAAUUACUGGGUUAUUUACGAAGCUUCUGGAGGAUUACAUCAGCAAAAUCCCUAUUGAUAAGCAACAGUUUGGACAACUUGUUGACCACAGUCAUACAUCAAAGAUUGUUCAACAAAUGACAGAAGAACUUGAAAAGGAUCCCCAAAAGUUAAAAUUAAUGCUAAAUGAGCUAAAAAAUAGAAAGCACACUCCACUUCUUGUAGAAGCAUUCGGUACUCCAAGUUCACCACCUAAUAUCAGUACAGAAAACUUACAAUAUGCAGUACUAGAUUUUUCUGAAGUUAAUAAGUUUAAUGAAGAAUGCAAGGCUAGAAAAAUCACUUUCAACUCUGGAUUUAUUGGUUUAGUGAACACUGCUUUGGUUGAGCUAGUAAGGGAGGCUGGAAUUAUACGCGACAUCUACAAUAUUAGCAGUUUACACUCCAUUGACCUUCGCCGUUACAUGAAAGGAUACUCUGAAGUAUACCCAAUGGGUUUCCAUACUCUUUCAAUAUCACACACCAUGGCAACCCCUUACAAUGUCAAAGACAUAUUCUGGGAAUAUGCUACGCAGUUUGACACUGAAUUCCGCAGCAACCUGAAAAACAAACAGAUAUUAAGAGAUUUUGCCUUACGCAAGAUGACUCUCCCAGAUACCUGCAACCUUGAUCAUCUGUAUGCAACUCCUUCACCUCCUAAAUAUGACUAUAUUUUUACAAAUAUGUUUUUACCAAGAUUUUUUAACUAUGGAGUAGGAAGACGUGUACAACAGACAGAGAUAAAAUAUUAUGUUCCCCUAAAUGCCAGUGAUUUCGUAUUUUUUACUGGCAUAUGUAAUAUACGUGAGAAGGUUGAGUUUGAUAUGUUUUAUUCACCAUAUUGCAUAAACUCCGACACUGCACAAAUGUGUCAUGACAAAGUUGUAUCAGUCUUUCGUGAAAUAAUUAAUAGUUAACCUUGUAUGUUCUUGAGGCCUGCAUUUUUUGCUAAUAUUAUAAAGGUUAUGUGAUAGGUAACUUACCCCUCUACAGGAGUAUACACAAUCCCUAGUAAUGACUGCAAUCAAUUAUACGUCGGCGAGACGUCCAGAGACCUCCACACACGUAUUUCUGAACACCAAUACGAAGGCAGAAUCCAUGAUUUAAGGAACGCCUGCACUCAACACCGAAAUUUCCACAACCAUUUAAUCAGCUACAGAAACGCAAGACUUAUCGCCAGGGAAGAGAAUCAGUACUGCAGAAGCCUGGAAUCAUCAGUUAUCUGCAUAUCUAGCAAUUUCAACCAGAACAACUGUUCUAUAAAAUAGCUGAACCACUUGCUAAGAAGUUCCUUCAUUAUCCUUCAUAACUAGAAGCACACCUGCCCCUCCCGUGCAGGUCAGUCUCAAAUCCAACCUACCCAGCAUUCUCCACCUGUGUGAUAAAUGGUUUAAAGCCGACAAGUUGAAGACUGAAAUACUUAUGCAAAAUAUGGGAAUCUUUAAUUAAAGAUUGCCUAUGUUACAUAAGUGUCUCAAUCUUAAACUUGUCGGUUUUAAACCAUUUAUCAUAUCUGUCAGACACUGCAGCAUUAUGGGAUCUUGAAACAAAGAAUUCUUCAACCUUGUCCAUCCUUUGGACGAAGACCUACUUCGACUAGUGGAUGAUACCACUAUGACCUCACCUCAGUUAUAUAAGCCACUUCUACGGCCCUAUACUGUACUUUCUACAAGAUUGAUGGACUGAACACAUCGACUCCAGGCUGAGGGACUGAUUACCUCAAAUUCCUCCUCUACUUAAACCUUUCUGAUUUGUAUUGGACUGAUGAAGCCACUGUGUGGCGAAACGUUUCCUCAAUAAAGUUUCCCAUGUAUU